AAAAUGACUUGUAUUACACUGCAACAAUGAAAGAUGCAAAAAUUUUGCUAUUAACAUAAAAGAAAACACCACAAACCUGUUCCAAGACUUAAUCCUUGAAAUUUAGUACCUUGUAUUCAAAUAUUAUUUCUGCAUUGCAGAGUCCAAGUUUGAGUAAACAUAUUUAGAUAGCCUUGCUGAGAUGUUAACAACAUUAGUCGUCACAAUCAUCAUAUUCCUAUUUCUUCUAUACAAAUUCUACAACCAAAGAAAAAACCCUCCAGGGCCUUGGAACUUACCAAUAAUAGGAUAUCUACACAAACUUGAUCCAAAAUUUCCAAAUUUAACCUUAACAAAACUAGCAGAAAAAUUUGGACACAUUUAUAGCAUAAAGCUCGGACUGACGGACGCUGUGGUCAUAUCAGACGCAAAAUUACUGAAAAAAGUUUUAAUCAAUGAUAACACGCUUCAACUACCGCGUCUUUAUCAUUUUAACAUAUUGUUCACCGAUAGAGGAAUCGUGUGUUGCCCCCUUAACGUAUGGAAAGAAAAACGCAAACUCGUCGACAACUUUCUAAGAACGUGUGUCUCCAAAGGGACACCAAAUAAAGAAACCUUGGAAGAUCAAAUUAGAAAGUAUGCCGAAGAAUUCAUUAACUACGUUCGAAAUCAGAAAACUUUAAACCCUUUAGAAGCAGCAGCUCACUAUGUCACUAGUACCACAAGUUCGCUAAUUUUGGGUACAUCGUUCACCCUUGAAGACAAAACAAGACAAACUAUAAUAAAGAACAGCCAAAGUGCAAUGAGGUUAGGUCGUUUGGGCGGUCCUUUAAAUUUCUUCCCAAUUCUAAGAUUUUUGCCAAAAUACAAAAUCAUCGCUGAUUCAUUCAAAAGAUUUAAUGGUGAAGUUCUUCAAAUUAUAAAAGACAUUAACAAAAGUACCAUCAACGACAACUGGAUUCCAAACUUAAGGCAAACAUUUUGGCACCAAAGCACUAAAUGCAACUGUCCAGAAAUCUACACCACUGAACACUUAGAACACCUUCUGUUUGAGAUUUUUGGUGCAAGUACCGAAACGACUUUAACUUCUCUAUUGUGGAUUAUGUUGUACCUAGCCCGCUACAAACAAGUACAGGAUAAAGUUCGCCAGGAAUUUCGUGACGUUCUAGGAACCAAAGCUCCACAGAUUGAAGAUUCAUUAAAAUUACCGUACACACAAGCGACCAUUUCAGAAGUAGCUAGAAUUAGAACAGUGGUACCUCUGGGACUUCCUCAUUACUAGAGAGCGGAAAAUAUGCAGCAAAAUUUUGAGAAAUAUGAUCAUAUGAUAUGCACCAAAUUUAUGCAAAUAUGCAGUAACUUUCUUAAUAUAUGCAGACAUAUGCAGUUGCAUAUGCUUCAAAAAUUAAAAAAAAAGCUUAAAAGCGAACUAAAU